CAGUCACACUAACAAUAGGAAAUAGCGCCCCCUUCAGGUACAGAAGUUUCAUGGUGUGGAUGUGCCCUGUGCCCACGUUCCGCCCCAUGCUUCAAGCCGCAGCCAGGAAGAUCUUCUCACACUCAGAGGAAUCAUGGCGGACGUACUGGACCUUCAUGAGGCGGGAGGCGAAGACUUUCCUAUGGAUGAGGAUGACAGCAUCCACAAGCUGAAAGAGAAGGCCAAGAAGAGAAAAGGACGAGGCUUUGGUUUAGAGGAGGGAGCCAGGUCCAGAGCUAAAGAGGACUAUGAUACAGUGGAACAAGACGGGGAUGAGCCAGGUCCUCAGAGAUCUGUGGAGGGCUGGAUCCUGUUUGUGACCGGUGUACACGAGGAAGCCACUGAGGAAGACAUUCAUGACAAGUUUUCAGAGUUUGGAGAAAUCAAAAACCUGCAUCUCAACCUUGAUCGUAGAACAGGCUAUCUGAAGGGCUAUGCGCUGGUGGAGUAUGAGACAUACAAAGAGGCACAGGCAGCCAUGGAAGGUCUCAAUGGUCAGGAUCUGAUGGGCCAGACUAUCAGUGUCGACUGGGCGUUUGUCAGAGGCCCCCCCAAGAACAAAAGGAGGGGUGGUGGGCGACGACGUAGCAGGAGUCCAGACAGGAGACGGCGUUAAAAAGAAACUGUUGUGUCACAUUGACAGGCGUCUUCUCAUAUUUUCAUUAUUAAAUAUCUUUCAAUCCCUUGUACAAUAUUUUUAAGUUACAGUUUUAAUUUACACACAGCAACCCUUGAUGAGAAGGGAAUCAUACAGAAAUAAAUUGGGCUAACAGAGUUUGCAGUUUUUUUUCUAUGAUACUGUAAAACAAGAAAAGGUCGGUCUCUCUAGUGAGGUUUUGUGUUACAUUCAUCAUUCAGAUUGAUUGUACGUGUUUAUGGGUUCCAGGGUUUCCUCAAAUGUUUGCAUUUUACAGUGAUCUUGUGUUUUUAUAAUCUGAGGAAUAUUAAAGUUUUAAAUCGUAUAA